AUGUCCGCCAUCCAAAAGAACGUCGAGCAGACCUCCGAGUCGUACUCUGCCUCUUUUACCCAAGGGCACUUGGCUCUGCCCCCGGCGAAGAAAUAUCUUGUCUUGACUUGCAUGGACGCGAGAAUUGACCCUGCGAGGGCGUUUGGGAUUGAGCUUGGUGAUGCGCAUGUUAUCCGCAAUGCCGGCGCCAGCGCGAUCGACGCCCUCCGCUCCAUCGUCAUCUCGGAGCAGCUCCUCGGCACGAACGAGAUCGUCCUUGUCAAGCACACUGGCUGUGGGAUGCUGACGUUCAAGAAUGAGGAUGCUUAUGGGAUUGUUGAGAAGAAUCUUGGUGAGGAAGCCGUGGCUGAACUCAAGGCCAAGAACCUUGACUUUUUGCCUUUCCCCGAGCUGGAGAAGGCGGUUGAGGACGAUGUGGCUUUUCUGAAGGCGAGCAAGCUUGUGCCUGAUAGCGUGACGAUUAGUGGGUGGGUUUAUGAGGUUGAGAGUGGGAAGACGAGGAGGGUUGUUUAAAUGGAGUUCUGUCGUGGGUGGUUGACGUUUGGAGUUGAGGCUGGGUAGGGAUUUCGUGAGGGGUGGGAGUGAAAGCAAGUUUUGUUUGCGUUUGAAUUUUAUUUGAAUUCUGUGUGAAGCGCCUGACUGUGGCUGCACCCAGCCAUAGUCACCUACCUAUCAACUAACACCGGGCAGGUCGUUUGAAUCUAAGAUAGGGUAAAGACUGACGAGAGUUCUUUUAAACGGUGCAGAUUCUUUGGGAUUCCUCCUUCAGCUUUGACUAGCAUGCAAUGCAGAACUUCCAGUGAAGGAAAUUUGACGACCACAAGCGUGUCAUCACGAGGAUGGCAAGUCACCGAGUCCACCAUAUCUUGUACCAUCCACUGCCGGAAAAUGCGGGUAGAUAGCAGCAUUCCAGGGGCUGACUUUAACCCAAUCGCUGCGCCUGACCCAUGGGAAUCACUUAACGGGACAUGGAAUUUGAUCUGUCUCAAUCCGAUGGUGGCCGCGUUGUGGAAAGAAGACCGCUUUGUUCUGCGCUUUCUCCGUUUUGAGCCCCAUCAUACACGCGGGCUAGCCACUAUCGUCACCCGGUUUCAGUGGCUCCCAGAGGCAGUCAGCACGAAGAACAUGCGCAGACAGCUAAGGGCUGAUCCAAAUACUCGGGAACAGCCGGUCCAUUUCCUGCGCGUUCGACUCGAGUCUGGUAACGGGGGGCCAAUUCGGGAGCCUCUGGAUAGAUGCCUGAUUGCAAGGCCAGUGCCCCAGGUGGACCCCCUAACUCCGGUUCUCUGAUCGAAUUUCAGACCCUUAUGGAAGAUGCGCACAAGACCAGAGUUGCGCUGGAAGUGCAAUGGGUGAUUCUUUGUGCUGCAGCACUGUGUGGUGCUGAGCGUGAAGUCUACAGGCCCUUUGAGAACAUCGAGUGCUGCGCGCCGUCCUCUGAGGGGAGGACAAGAAGAAGGAUGAGACGGAGGACGAUAAAGGUUGGGACGAAGAUUUGGACGAUAUCUAUCUGUAUGGUUAGGACG